AUGGAACCAAGAUCGAGAGAAACUACUCCUACAAAAGAGGAUUUGGAUUUUAUAGUUGAUGAUGGAUAUCAACACGACGAGGACCCAGAUUAUGUUCCUCCUGAAAAAUUUAUUCUUACAGGAGACAAGUUUAAAAUGUUAACACGAAGAGCUAAAAAACUUGGUGCAGAAUCACUUGAUUACUCAACCAGAAAAAAUAAUAAAUAUAUGGCUACACUUCCAGGUGGAAAGAAAGUACAUUUUGGUUCUCCAAAGUAUCCGGACUACUUAAUACACAAGGAUAAAGAGAGAAGAGACAAAUAUUUAGCUAGAGCUACAAAGAUAAAAAAUAAGCAAGGCGAGUUAACUUAUAAUAAACCAGAAUCGCCAAAUUUCUGGAGUACCCAUCUUCUUUGGCCAAAAAAAAAUUGA